AUGGUGUCAGCUUCCUCCGACCAUUCAACAGGAAACCAUCAAGAUUCCGAACAGGGACACCCUCGUGUUAAGUUUGUUUCUGGUGAAUACGCCAAGUUUGAGAAAUUAGUAUUGCCUGAGGGUGUCAUCGGCCCUGAGGCAGUCACAUUUGGUGGAGUUGCGGCCCCAGGGCCCUACACAAUGGCCGAUCAAAGGAUUUUGAAAUAUUGGAAUAACGGUACCCAUGCUGGUUUUAGUACAAUGUCUGUAACUUCACCACCAUGGAGUGAAUGGGAAUGUGGAGGUGUAAGUCAUGCUGAUCGUAGUAGGUUGAUAGGAUGUGGACAGCCAGUGGAUCUUAGCUAUUACCCCAAUAACGACGUUUUGUACAUUAGUGAUGCAGAAUUCGGAAUUCUAUCUGUGGGCAUGGAGGGCGGCCUUGCAUCUGUACUCGUGGCGGGAGAGUAUAAUAAUACUAAUGGCAUUGACGUUGACUUGUUAACGGGCAAUAUUUAUUUCAGUUCUUUUUUUGCGUUACGAACCACUUACCAAAAAGUAUCGGUUUUGAUGAGUAAUCUCGGAGACUGCGGUGGUCCAGCGGUCAGCAUCGAUGGUACAUUUGUUCUUGUACCUGACAAUUUUAAUUCCCGGGUUCUAAAAUAUUGGCUGGUGGGGCCCAAAGCAGACACGAAUGAAGUUUUGAUGAACUUACCUGGGAAGACAAAUAGAAUAAAGCGGGGAGAAACACCCGGAGAAUUUUGGGUGGCAGCUUCAAGAUGGAUAGAUGUAAAAGAAGGAAAGAUGUUUGCUUCUGCCGGGAUGCGCUUCAAUUCAGACGGAGUAGUGCUGGAAACGAUUGACUUUUUUGCUCAAUACACUGAUAAUCAAGCUAGUGUGGUUCAAGAAAAGGAUGGAAAACUCUAUGUGGGCUCUUAUUUAACCAAUUUCAUAGGUGUCUACUCUAAUUAG